CCUACGCUAAGGGUCUUGUUAAAUUCCGCCCUGUCAUCGGGUUCUCGUAAGCUUUAUCAGGGAGCAUGGGCUUUUUUCAAUGAUUUUUAUCAACAAUUUUAUCAUUCUGUUUCUCUUGCUUUACCGCUAACCACACCUGUGUUAGCCCUUUUUGUUUCUUACCUUCACGCUCGGAAGCUAGCCCCGUCAACCAUUAAAUCUUAUCUGUCGGCCAUCGGAUAUGUGCACAAGUUGAAAGGUUUGCGUGAUCCUACGAGGGCUUUUAUCAUUGACAAGUUGUUCACGGCCCUAGGUCGUCAAGGCUCAAGUGACAUCCGGCUUCCAAUCUCAAGCCCGGUUCUUCACGCGCUCGCAGGUUCACUUAACCACAACAACUCUUCGGCCUUUCACCGUACUAUUUUUUCUACUAUGUUUUUAAUAGCAUUUUACGGUUUUUUUAGGAUCAGUGAGCUGGCGGCCAAGAAUGCGAAUUCUGGUGGUUCGGUAGUUCAGUUCAGUGACAUGCGCUUUCUCACGCACGAUGGAAACAUUCACAUGCUUAAAAUAACUAUCACAAAGUUUAAACACAACACGGACAAACGCCCAUUUGUUAUCCUAAUCGAGCGGGAAGAUUCUAUGCCGUUUUGCCCAGUGCAGGCGAUGUUUAAUUACCCAAGCAGGCCAAGCACCCAAGCAGGCCAUCUUUUUUGUCAUAGCGACACAAGCCCAAUAACAGUGGGUCAG